AUUAGCUCGGUGUUUCUCGCAGCUAUCCAGCAGCGGUGAGGGGGUAACAAAAAAUUGUAGCAGGCGAUCUUUUCGACGGAAGUGUGUGUACAGAAGAAAGCAUACAUUCCUAGCUUCGACGACCACUCUGUGCAGUCAAGCCGGCGAUUUUCAUCUCAAUUAUUUUUUGUUUUAUGUUUUCUGCGGAACAUUUUUGUUUUACCGUUAAGGAUACCUAGGAUUGCAAGAUGGAAGGUGUAUUUUAUCUCACGAUAGUACUUUGUGCUAUGUUAACCACGCUAUCUCAAGCACAACCGGCGCGGCCGGGGCCAGCUCCUCUUGACACGACCGGUAAGGAAUUCGUCUUCGCCUUCCAGAGUAACUUCCAAAAUAAAAGACCAGACAGACUGACGCUGCUACUAGGAGCCAACGAACCAGGUCUUACCAGGGUUCAAGUCGAAGCACCAAACUUCAAUUGGCAACAGACGGUGCAAUUACAACACAAACAGGUAAGGCAAGUGGAUCUUAACCCAGAUAUUGCUGCUCGAGGGGCAGGGCCAGUCAAUGGUACGCUUAUCGUAAGAGCAACCAAGGAUAUAUCAGUUCAUGGCCUCAAUUCGCUCACCAUGACAAACGAUGCCUUCUUGGCUAUCCCAACGCAUGGUCUUGGUGAAGAGUAUUUUGUGGCAUCUUACGACCCGGUGCCCAUUGAGAUGUCACAGUUCUUGAUCACAGGCAUCCAGCCCGAUACAACCGUGAAGAUCGUUCUUCAGGCCAGGCUUCAACACAACUCACAAUGGUACAGCAAAGGGCAAACCCUGACCGUCAAUGUUGGAAAGUAUCAGUCCAUCCAGUUUCAGAGCCAGGAAGAUCUUACAGGAACCAGGAUUACAUCCACCAAGCCCAUCAGCGUCAUGUCUGGAGCUUCUUGCACUCUCGUCCCAACCCAAGUAUACCGGUGUGACCAUCUCGUAGAGCACCUACCCCCAUUCAACACUUGGGGCAAGCGAUUUACCCUUCUGCCCUUCUCUAACAGAUCUGGUGGAUUCAUCUUCAGGAUUAUCGCUGGUCGUCCAUCAACCACAGUACACAUUAUGGGAAAUAACGUCCAGCUUCAGUUCGAAGGCAGCUUCAGGGAAUUCAAUCAGCCAGCUUCACUGAAGACCACUCUGCAAUCAGAUAAACCCAUCAUGGUUGUCCAGUACGCCAAGGGAAUGCAGAAGGAUAAUAAUGGAGAUCCCUUCAUGACCCUCAUCCCACCUGUCGAGCAGUACAUGCAGAAGGAGAUUACCUUUGGUUCUUUCAAUCAAUCAGGUACAGACAUGCUCAACAUGUUCGCUGGAGUUUCCUUUACCUCACCAGCUCUUUUCACCAUGAGUCUCAAUGGAAAAUCGUCAUUUGAACCCGACCAAGGUAUCCCAGGCACUGGUAUCUCUUCAACUUUCACAGCCGACUCGACCAUUCCUCUUGAUAACAUCCGAAACAUUCUAACAAAUUAUGAGAAGGAUGUUCGUUUCAUGGCCAUCGUUUACGGGUUUGCCAGCGGCACAUCGUUCGGUUACCCAGCAGCCUACCAGCUCAGGCAAAUCACAUGUACAAGGCCUGGGAGGCAGGGCCCAGAAGCUGAGUUUGAGUGUCCAGACUCGCACAGACGCCCCCGACCCACUGCACCUGUCGUACCCGUAGGCCCAGGCAGUGGAGGAGAAUUAGGAACAGAAGGUUGUACGUCAAAGGGCGUCGUAGUUCUUGCCGCCAUUCUUCCAGCCCUCAUUGUAUUUAUCAUAAUGGUUAUCAUCCUUGUCUUCGUCCUCUACAGGACUCCAUCGACACCGGAACUCCAAAAGUUCAAAAUGUUUUUUAGGGUUAACCCCCGAGAGCGGACCAUAUCUAGGUGUUCGUUCGUCAGAAACGGAAGUCUAUGAUCUAAUACUUGAUAGAAGAUUGAGGAGAAAGCUUUGACUUGUCUUUCAUCAUCACUGAAGUGCAAUACAAUGGAUAUAUCAUCUAGGAAUUCACAUCUUAUAUAAAAACAUCUGAGUGAUUGGACCAUCCCAGAGACGUGUUCUUUAGACCUUGUCACACCAAAUCCGGACUGAGUCAUCGUGUGUCCUAAACCUUGAAUCAUUCGCGGGGGGGGGUUCUAUUUGAGGAAAACGAACUUUUUUGCUAACCGUUUUGCCGACCAGGUCAUGAUACGAAAUUGGUGUGAUUUACGCUCUUUGGAUAUCUCAUCAGAUCGGACCAAGACACGGACCGCUCCUGGUGUGCCAAGGUCUUCAUAAACAUCUUAAUUUCAAUGGAUUAUAUUGAAAUGAGAGUCGCUCCGAGUUUCAUUAUCACUUAAAAAUCAUUGUCUUUCCAGCAAAGAGCAAACUGUAUAUUAUGCUUUGUAUUCCUAAAUCGUUUUCUUUGUUUUUGUUCGUUUGAAUAAUUGUGGUGCUAAAUAUUUGUACAAAUUGUAACAAAUUGUAAGAUAGGUG